AUGACCAAAUGGCAAAAGUCGUCGGCGUACAUGGAAAUUGUCAGCUUUGUCGAGCAGCUUAGCAAGAGUGUCGAGGGGAAGCGGACGUCGUCAAAGUACCCCGUCUCGCCCCAUGUGCAGGGAAUAUGCCAGCUGCUGGACCAGGCAGAGUCGUGGAUUUCAGAAUUCCCGCCAGACACAUCUGCAUCAUCGAGGUUCGGCAACAGGGCAUUUCGCCAGUGGGUGACCAGGCUUGAGGAGCAAGCAUCGCGCCUUCUUUGUGAGCUGCUGCCCGAGAAGUGGCACAGCGCUGCAGAUGAGCUCACGCCGUACCUGACAAUGGCAUUCGGCAAUGCUACACGCAUCGACUACGGGUCCGGUCACGAGCUGUCAUUCGCAAUGUGGCUUCUGUGCCUAUGCAAGAUUGGGUUCUUGGAGCCGGCCGACUCGGCGGCAAUGGUACUGGUUGUCUUUGCCCAGUACUUGCGGCUGUGUCAGCAGCUACAGCGCACAUACAAGCUCGAGCCGGCAGGUAGCCAUGGCGUAUGGGGGCUUGACGAUUAUCAGUUCCUGCCGUUCUACUUUGGCAGCGCGCAGUUCAUCGGUACGCCGACGACGCCAGCUGCCGGCAUCGAUGCUCGCCUUGUGGCAGAGCAGGGCGGCGAGUAUAUGUACCUUCAGGCCAUUGGUUUCAUCAUGGACGUGAAGAACGGGCCGUUCUUCGAGCACUCGCGCCAGCUGUACGAUAUUUCGGGCGUGGCCCGGUGGGAAAAGGUCAAUCAGGGGCUGGGGAAAAUGUACAAGGCCGAGGUGCUGGGCAAGUUCCCUGUGGUGCAGCACCUGGUUUUUGGGACGCUGUUGGCAAUAUCCCCGCUGUGCGGCUGA